GUAACUGGUAACGUGUGUUGUGUUGAGUGGCGCUGCUCGGGUACUGAACUGCACCUCAACAAAGUUUUCAUAACACUCAGGGAAACAUGAUAGUGGCUGACAGUGCUUAAUAUUAUAUUAUUAGGUGAAACAAAGCCACCACAACUGACAGAAAUGUUCGCCGCCACGUUGAGAGGAGCAGCUCGACCCUGCAGACGUUUUCUGCAGUCUCGAGGUCAACCAUUAAUUGAUGCUGCCAGAUGGAGAUCACAUUUGCCCUUGAACACUGUGGUUUUGUUUGUACCACAACAAGAGGCUUGGAUUGUUGAGCGAAUGGGCAAGUUCCACAGAGCGUUAGAACCAGGUAUCAACCUAUUGAUCCCUGUGUUAGAUAAAGUCAGAUAUGUACAAAGUUUGAAGGAAAUAGCGAUUGAUGUACCAAAGCAAGCCGCUAUUACCUCAGAUAACGUAACACUGAGUAUUGACGGUGUCCUGUACCUUCGAAUCCUCGACCCUUACCGAGCAAGUUACGGAGUGGAAGACCCAGAGUUUGCUAUCACACAACUUGCGCAAACAACUAUGAGGUCUGAACUUGGUAAGAUCUCCUUGGAUUAUGUGUUCCGAGAGAGAGAGAACCUCAAUAUGAACAUUGUGGAAGUUAUUAACAAGGCAUCAGAGGCCUGGGGGAUCACUUGCCUUCGUUAUGAAAUCCGUGACAUCAAAUUGCCACAGCGUAUACAAGAUGCUAUGCAGAUGCAAGUAGAAGCUGAGAGGAAGAAACGUGCAGUUAUUCUGGAAUCUGAGGGAGUGAGGGAAGCAGAGAUUAAUGUAGCAGAGGGUAAGAGACAAUCCCGUAUCCUGGCAUCUGAAGCUGACAGGAUUGAACAGGUGAACAGUGCUGAAGGUCAGGCUGAAGGGCUGUCAAUUCUCUGUAAUGCUCUCAUCCAUAAACAAGGACUGAAUGCAGCAUCUUUAUCCUUAGCACACUCAUACAUUGAGGCAUUCCAGAAUUUGGCUCAAAAGAAUAACACUCUUAUAUUACCAUCCAAUGUGGCAGAUGUCUCAGGAAUUGUUGGAUCUGCAGUUAGUGUUUAUAAAUCUUUGGCAAAGACUUUACAUGUUAAUGAUGAACGCAAAGGAGAACCAGAGGUUCCAAUACCAGAAAAGGAGGAUGAAAAGGAGUCGCAAAAAAUAUAUGAUUAAAAAUUUUUGGGAAGUGUUUGAUGAACAAGUGUUGCAGCUUAAGUACAUGUACUGUACUUAUAAAUUUUUCUUCUUUUCUGAAACGUUAUCUUUGUGCCUGUACUGUACUUGAAGUAUAAUAUAGUGGUGUAUACAGACAUUAAUUGUAGAAUGAUGUUUUAAACAGUUAUAAUUCUCUGAUCAGCAACAGUCCAACAAUAAAAUCUACAAAUCUUU